AUGGCCGCAUCUUCUCCAACCGAAACCCUAAACCCUCCCUCAACCCUCACUAACCAUCUCCAAACCAACGGCCAAGACUCCUCGGACAAACCGACUCAACAACCUUCGAAUAUUCAAUCAGCGGACUUAAUCGAACCAUCCCAGAAACGAAAGCGGGUGGACACACCAGAAGACAACCCAGAAGGGCCCAAAAGUUCUCUUCAUCCUCUGUGGAAGACAAGCCUCUGUUCGUACUUUAGAAGGUCGAAUGGGUCGUGUAGCCACGGUGAGUCGUGCCGGUACGCCCACGGCGAGGGGGAGCUCCGGCAACGGGCCGAUGGCACGUGGGACCCGACUUCGGAGAGGGCUAAGGAGAUGUUGAAGACGGAGAAUGGAGAGAGAAUUGAAGGUACAGGAGAGUCGGUGUUGAGAGAGAAUGAUGAGGUGAUGAUGACGGAGGCAUUCGCGGAGGAGUCCUGUUCGGAGCCGGCGUUGGCCAAGUGCUUGGUGAAUCUUCCGAUGAAGUGGAGUUCUGACAAUUUGAGGAGUUUUCUUGGUGAACAGGGAAUUCUCUAUAAAUCAGCCAAGAAAAAGAAAGGCAUGAUUGUAGGUUUUGUGAGUUUUGAAAAUGCUGAACAAGUGAAAAGCGGAGUGGAGGAAAUGGACGGAAAAUUUGUUGGCAACAAGAAGUUAAAGGUUGCAGAUGUCACCCCCCGACCAUUUGAGAAGAAAAAUAAAGUGCCGUUACCUCCCGCAUAUGGCACCCAACAGAACCUGAAACCAGCAACUGCUAGUGACAGUGCGGACGUCUCUGAAUCUUUAAGUGGGUUUGAAGAUGAUGAUCCAACUAAUGACAGUUUAAUGCCUGGCAGUUCAGAUCUAAAGGGUAGAAGUACUCGGAAUGCACGUAAAGCUUGUCCAAAUGGUGUUUCACUUCCAGAAUGGAUCCUAAAAUCUAGAGAAAUAGGUGGUCUUCCAUGCAAUCUAGAGGGUAUACUUGAAUCCCCACAAGUGAAUGGAUACCGUAACAAGUGUGAAUUCUCUGUUGGAUACUCUCUACAGGGCAAACCUACUGUUGGGUUUUUGCUUGGCAAUUUCAGGGAGGGGGUAACAGCUGUUGAAGAGCCUGUCAACUGUCCCAAUGUUUCUGGGAUUGCUUGCAAAUAUGCUGCAAUUUUUCAAGAAUUUCUACAGCAUUCGGGCUUGCCUAUUUGGAACAGAUUGAAUAAUACUGGAUUCUGGCGGCAACUAACAGUUCGUGAAGGAAGGGCGCCAGCCAAGGGUACUGGGAUUGAAAGUACUAGGGCCGAUACUGUAGAGGUCCUGCUAAUGGUACAG